AGAAGCAAGUUUCAAACGAACCUCACAACGAGCAACAUGCAGUCACAUCUCAUCGCCAUCCUGCUGGCCACCGUGGCCAUUGGCUCCUGCAUCGCGAAUCCCAACCUCAUCUCUGGUCCUUCGCGAAUUCUUGAGAUAAUGAGCGCCACCAGUGAUAUCCAGCGUAAUAAUCCACAACUGACCGUAGAAUGUUUUGACUACUAUAAUGACGUAUUCAAAACCGAGUAUGCGGAGUAUGUGGAUGAGUACAAUCUGUGCGUCGAUAAGUAUGAUGGCGGUUAUGAACAGGUUCUGGAACAGUACAAUUCCGUUGUCUGGGACCUCAGCAAUUCCACCUUCGAAUCCUGCAUGUUCCUGCUGGACUGCGAUAAACAGAAUAACAGCGAAAAUGCUCUAUCCUGCUACUCCACUGAGGGUCCGACAUAUUCCAAGCAGUUGUCGAAUGUGGCAGCCAAUGCUUCGGUCUCGGUCAGUUCACUGCGUCAGCAGGUCGAAACACUGGUGUUCACCCGUGACCAAUGCUGUUCUGCAACGUCCAGGAACUAUGAGAUCCGCUCCGGCGAGUCCUACGAAGAUCUUCAGAAGUGCCUGAGCGGUGAGAAUCCUGUGCCGGAAAGAAGCACCACCACUACCAGUUCCAGCUCCAGCUCCAGCACCAGCACCACCGCCGCCAACCCCACUACUACCACCACGACCCCAUCUCCUUCAACCACCACCUCAUCGUCUUCCACCUCCUCAACAACGAGAUCUCCAUCGACAGUUGCGCAUUUUAGUUCCGUUGAAAACAGCAGUGGCAACAGCCAGCACCGAUUUCCAAGAAGACUGGACAAUAUUUUCAAACAUAUUCUUUAAGGGUUGAACAAUAUAAAAGUCAAUAUCAAUAAACUAAAAAGGAACAUUGCAAAAAGAC